GCAACUAAAUUCAGAUCCCUACAACAAUGUGAAACAAUAUAGGGGCCUAGAAUAUAUAAUGUCACCCUGACCUGCUCCAAGAAAGAAAACUAAAGUAACCCUCAUCGUCCUUCAAUCUUCUGACCCAUCGAUUAUUUCUUCUCUUCCUUGCUUCUGUCUGCUAUAGACUUCUUCGUGCUACCAAAAUGAGCGUCCCAUGGGAAAUUACGACUUUCAGUCUAAGCACAAAUACCCAAGGCGAGACGUUAACCGACAUUUAUGCCAAUGGUCAGAUGCAGGCGCAGAUUAAUGUCCGAAUCAGGGCCAUCAACCAAAACACAUGGGCAACCUACCAGCUCACCCAGUCGGACCUCCAGAGUCUAAAGUUGAUUGAUUAUAACAAACGGCAGGAGUUGACGGGAAAUUGGACUUACUCGACGGUUGAGAAGGAAGACUUUGCCCACAAUAUGCCAAUUACAAGAAGCCCUGCUGAUGAGGAGCUGGUUGCACCUAUUACGCCUAUUGCGGAUGAUACUCAAACUAUUAUCUUCUGGGUCUCAACAACCAGGAUUGAAUCUCUGAGGAUCGGCGCUCAGAUUACUGAGCAUGGCGCGACAGAAUCAACGGUUACUACUACUGGUGGCAACUUUGAUUCCAGUAUUACUGUUCGCGGCCAUGCACCAAUCACUUACACGAUGGAUGAUGUUACCGUCCAACGAGAAGAUACGGCCUACGGCUAUUGGUAUAAGGAGGUUCGAGAAAAUGGAAAAUGGAUCAAGUAUAGAUAUCUUUGGGACCAAGACAACUACUACUUAACUUCCAAACGCUAUCCAUUUGUGAAGGUGGAUCGUUAUAACGUGGAUGUUAAUGGGUCAACGCAGCCCUAUGGUUACGGUACUUAUUUCCGGGACGCAUUUGCCUAUAUGGGAUUGGGUAACGACAGAGAAGUCAGCAUAUUUUUUCUGCCGCAAAUGGGGAAUUCACGACAGUCAUGGCGUGGUGUGCGUUGGCAAAAUGAUUACAACAAUCUCGAUUCAACCGCUUAUGUUACGGUCAAUCAGAGACCAAAUGCAUUGACCCUUACCCGCAUCUUGUUCGGAAAUGCCUAUGUCUCGUUCCUUCCGAACUGGCAAGCAGAUGCGUGGUUCCGUAUUUACGAUCAAUACGGAAAUUCCGGCACCUUUACAGCCAAACAACAAAAAAGUAACACUAUUGAGAUUUCGAACAGAUAUGUUAACAGAGAAUUAUCAGCUGAGGAGUCGAAGACAAUCCAGCCCGCUGCGAAACUUUGAACGACACUGGAUAUCGUGAUUGAGAGUGGGCAUGACAUUCACUUUUGGAGUAGUCCUUGAGCAGUGACGAAAGGCUGUGAUUUUCGUCAGCUCACGGAUAGGUUUUGGUAGAAGCCUCAGGAUUCAACCUCCCUGGGGUAGUGUUCUUCUUGAGUUCAACCCUCGGAAACAGU